AUUGCGUUGCUUAGUAACGCCGCCAUCUUGUUUUUAGCAGGCGUCUAGUUUUUCGUGUCUGUGAUUUUCCUGCUAAAAUGCCAAAAAAAGGAAAGAAAGCCAAAGGAGGGAAAGGAAAAAAGUCAGGGGGGAAAAAGGGGAAUAAAGAGGGCAAGAAAGCCAAGAAGGAUAACGUUUUGAAAGAUGCUGUCGCUAAUGCGAAGUUAUGGGAAACAAAACUGGAUGCUAUUCAGAAAUCACGACUCGAAUACAGAGAGAAUGCCAAGAAGUUGAUGCUGGAUAAUGACGUACUGCAGCAACAGAUGGCUCAGACGGAGAAGGACACUCUAGAAGUGAUAUCUUUCCUCAAGCAAGAAGACAUAAAAAAGGAUGACCAGGUGUCAAAACUACAGCAAGGUCUAAAAGAAUUAAAGAGAGAGUCAAGAAAAGAGAGGCAGGCCUUAGUGGAUGAGUAUUCGCAGCAAAUUCAUCAGCUGCAAGAAGCAUUGGCUGAGAAAACCAACGAGGUUAAGCUUAUGCAGUCUGAGCUGAAACUAGUGAAAGAGUUCAGGCGAAAAAGAGCCCAGAUGCAAAGGGAAUUGGAUGAGAUCAAAGAGAGUAUGUUUAUGACUGAAAAGAAACACAAGGACACAUUGCAGCAGAUGGAACACAAAUUCUUUGAAGAAAAGGUUAGACUACAACAGGAGGCAAGCAAAAAGAUUGCAGAGCUGGCUGAAAGAGCACACACAGAAGCAAUUAGUAACCUAGAUGAGACAACUCGGUCUGUGUAUAAAGAGAAUGUGAGAGUGAAUGCUGCCCUGGAGUUUCACAUGAAGGAGGGGGAGGAGCUUAAGAAGGAGCGUGACCAUUUACUGGAAGAUAACAAGGAGCUCUCAUCAGAAAAAGAACUAAAUGGGAUGAUCGUUCAGGAAAAAGUAGUCGAGUGCAAAAAACAGAGCAAACAUAUAUCUGAGCUUCAAGAAAAAGUGAAAACUCUUGAAAAGUCUCUGAGCCACCUCGUACGAGAGUUUGAGGAUGAAAGGAACGCAAUUGUACAAGCAACAGAAGACGAGACUCGGAGUAGCAGGGCGGAAAUUGCUCGAUUGCAAAGAAUUGUGGAAUUGAAGACAAAAGAAAUGAACAAAGUGAAGAGACUUGCCAAAAACAUAUUAGAUCAGAGAACGGAAUUGGAGCAGUUUUUCUUGGAUUCCCUGGAAUAUGUAAAGAAUGAAAUAGUCAAGAACAGGGCACAAUACCGACAUGACGCCCAGGCCGUUUAUCAUAACCGCAUGCUGGCAGCUCACGCGGGCCAAGCCGACUACCCCAGGGUACGCACAUUCAAGUCCUCAGACACCAGCACCAAUAACGUGUUCGAGGACCUGCGCGAGGCGGAAAAGUGGAGUGGAAUGGAAGGGAAAGUCGACGUAGGGGACCUCACCUGGGAGCAGAGGGAGCGAGUGCUCAGACUGCUAUUCGCGAAGAUGAAUGGACAGAAAGACAGAAAGAAGAAAAAGAUCCCCGCCCUUGAGCCCACACCAUCAUCAGGUCAGCGACCUAAAGCGCUGGAGUCAGGAGGGCCUGGUGACGAAGAUAGUACAUUUAUCACGCAAGGUGUUUUGACAGGAGGGACUGGUAAUCAGCAGAAAGGAGCUCUUGAGCCCACUCCUCCCGCCCUGCCCCCCUCUGGUAACCCUGUGGCAGGCUUGGUGUCGUAGCCUUGUCAUAGCCGUAGCUAUGAUAAUAGCUUUAAAGGGUGUUAGUAACUUGCAAUGUAUAGACUGGUUUUACUUUGUAGAUAUUAAGAAAUCAUAUGGAAUAUACUGUAAAUAAAGAGCCAAGAAUCCGGUUACUCGGCA